AUGCUGACGUCUCCAGAGCUGAUUAGCGUUACAGCGGAGACAUCACACCCACAGCCCAGAAAAUUGCUGAGUAUGGCGGGAGGACGGGCGGGGGGCGGAGGGGGACUGGGGGUGCAAAUGACAAGGGAGAAAGAAGAGAAGAAACAGAGAGGACCGGGACGAAGUGGAGAGGAGGGGGGGGGGGGGGGGGGGGGGUGUAAAAGCGUUUGGGUGAAAAUGCAUCCUCAACACAUUUGUAAGAGCUUAGCUGUUGGCUACAGGGGGGGAGGCGGGGGGUGA